UGUGUGUGUGUUUUCGGUAGGAUGGUGUGGAACGGUGUGGAAUAUGAGCAGUAAUUUAUGAUUGUGGUAGAGGAAAUUCAAUUUAUUUCGUGUGAUUAGGGUUACGUUACACUCAUAAGAGUUGAAAUAGUUGGCGUCAAGUUCUAAUUACUGUUUGACGAAAAUGUUCUAAUUUUUACAAGAUAUCCAUAAUUUUUUCUGCAUGUGUAUUAUAUAUAGUGUGUAACGUGGGUUAUUUUUUAGGCUCACGUCUGAAACCAAUUUCAAACCGUUUAACUACUAGAAACGUCCGUGAUGUCCAACUCUAACCCACAUGUUGAUCGAGAUUUAGAUCUUUCAAAUGCUGGCAGGGGCGUCUGGCUUGUUAAGGUUCCAAAAUACAUUGCAAACAAAUGGGAAAAAGCACCAGGUGAUAUCGAAGUUGGGAAACUGAAGAUAUCAAAAAAUCCUGGGCAGAAGGUGCAAGUGUCACUCACGCUGUCAGAGUCUGUGCUGUGCCUGAAGGAACCUGGGGAGGAGACCAUUCCUCGUGAUCACCGUCUUGAUGUUUCUGCAGUUACCCGCCAAACACUUGGCAUCUUCUCUCAUAUCACACCCUCAAACUCAGAUUCAGUGGUGCCAGAAACUGAAAAACUCAGUAUGGAAGGCAGAAUCGUGCAGAAGUUGGAGUGCCGACCAUAUGCGGACAGUUGCUACAUGAAGUUGAAAGUGGAGAGUAUUCGAAAAGCCUCUGUCCCAGUGAGACAAGUACAGCAGCUGGAGAGGGUAGUUCACAACUUCAAACCUGUGUCUGAUCACAAACACAAUAUUGAGUAUGAAGAGAAGAAGAAGGCAGAAGGUAAAAAGGCUCGUGAUGACAAGGAAAGUGUUCUUGAGAUGCUGUUUGCUGCCUUUGAGAAACACCAGUACUACAAUAUUAGAGACCUUGUGAAAAUUACUCGUCAGCCAAUUGUAUAUCUGAAGGAGAUUCUGAAAGAAGUGUGCAACUACAACUUGAAGAAUCCUCACAAGAACAUGUGGGAACUUAAGCCUGAGUAUCGCCACUACAAGGAUCAGGUGCCAGCUCCUGCAUCCGCAGACAACUGACAGUGUCUCCUCAAACCUACACUGUGUGUUAAGCAUGGUCUUGUAAUAUGAUCUCUGAAACCAAAGUGUUGUUCUAACAGACUUGUUACAGAUUAUAUUGUAAUACAGGCUAUAAUCACUUAGUGUCAGGAUUACAGUUUUUUGGAGACAAAAAUGUCGCAUGUUCAGAUGUCUCCAUAAGAAUCAAAUUAAGUAGCCGAGAUACAUUCUGCUGAUCCAAGCAGCAAGCUUACAAAUGAAAAAUAUAAUAAAAUUUUAUGAGGGACAUAAUGCUAAAUGAUUAAGGAAAGUAAAUGUAGAUAUCAUUUUGUAUAUUAUAUAUAUAUGUUAAUCAUUACUUGUACCUCAUCA